ACAAUAUUAAUACAACAAAACACAAGGGAUAGGAAAGUUUACUCCUAACUUUAGAUUGAGGAGAUAUCAACGAUAAAAAUCAACAAAAAACUCGCCUCAACUUUUAAACAAAAGGAAUGCGUUCCUGGAAUUAUCGUUCCAGUCUUGGUAUGGAGAACACUGUGCUUGUGAUUGGAUGUUUCCUUCUCACAGUGACUUCUAUCUAUGCACAACAAACAGGAUCAGAGCUGCCAUCGAUAGGCGCUCUAGGAGUCUUGGGAAUUUCCAUGAGCGCAUCAACUUCAAUAUUGUCUUCAGCGAUUCAAGAUCUAAGGGCGGAUCUAGAGGCGUGUGAGGACAAACUGGAAGACUUGGAAGAAUGCCAAGCCAGUUUGAAAAAGGCAAGGGAUGAAGAGGAGGAAUGUAGAAGAGGGCACAGUGAAUGUGAGGAGGCAUACUUCAAGGCACAGGAGGAUCUAAGUAAAGCAAAGGAGGACAAGGAGAAGUGUGAUAAUGAUUUUGGCGGGAAUUUUAAAGAGUUUCUGAACAAGUUUUGUAAUGCGUAUGUAAAUGAAUGUAUCUGUGCAGAAAAUACUACUCCAGAGGAAUGCGCUGCGGAAACUGAAACUUCCUGCAAUUUUGAUGUUGCCCAAGGAUUUUGUAAACCUGGUAUCUAGAAGAAUUAGACAGUAUAAUGUCAGUGCAAAACUUGUUGCAAUAAAUAACAUUUAUUUAAUGCUGCGUAA